AUGUCCACAUUGCAUUUCGCAGCCAUUGCACAUGUGACUGUUGUGUUGAACACAUUACAUCUCAUUCGUCAUGGAGAAAACACCUUUCCCUCAUUUCGGCACUGAUGCCCUUCACGCAGGACAAGAUCCAAUGCAAUGGAAAUCACAGGCUGUAGUCCCUCCGAUUUCUCUGUCAACCACAUUUGUCCAGCAUUCCCCUGGCGAGCACACUGGUUAUGAAUACUCAAGAAGUGGAAACCCGACAAGGAAUUGUCUGGAAGAGUGCAUCGCAAAGUUAGAAAAUGCCAAAUUUGGUAUGGUCACUGCCUCUGGGCUUGCUGCAACCAUGUGUGUCGUCCACAUGUUGAAGUCCGGAGACCAUAUAGUCAGUAUGGAUGAUUUAUAUGGAGGGACAAAUAGGUAUUUUAGAAAGAUUGUGUCUCAGUUUAAUAUUGAAACAACAUUUGUUGAUUGUACUGUCGCUGAAAAUGUACAGAAUGCUAUGAAAGAAAACACAAAACUUGUUUGGAUUGAGACCCCGACCAACCCCACCAUGAAACUUGUAGAUAUAGAGGCGGUGGCUAAGGUGGUCAAACAAAAACCAGGCUGUAUACUUGUUUCAGAUAAUACAUUCAUGUCCGCUUACUUCCAGAGACCUCUAGACCUUGGCGCUGAUAUUGUUAUGCAUUCUGUAUCAAAGUACAUGAAUGGUCACACUGAUGUGAUCAUGGGCGCUCUUGCAACAAACGACCCUAAAAUCGAUGAGAAACUGAAAUUUCUGCAGUAUGCAAUGGGACCAGUUCCGUCUCCCUUCGACUGUUACCUUGUCAACAGAGGUCUGAAGACGCUCCAUGUACGCAUGAAAGAACAUAUGAAGAACGGUCUUGCUGUGGCCAAGUUCUUAGAAGAACAUAAGUUGGUAGAGAAAGUGCUUCACCCAGGUCUGAAAUCUCACCCACAAUAUGAGCUUGGUACACGCCAGAUGAAAGGCUACAGUGGUAUGCUUGUCUUCUAUAUCAAAGGGGGAAGCGAAGCCGUCAAUAAGUUUAUGAAAGCUAUCAAGGUCUUCGCUCUUGCCGAAAGUUUAGGAGGUUACGAAAGUUUGGCAGAGGUUCCGUCCAUCAUGACUCAUGCGUCUGUCGUCAAAGAUGAGCGUGAACGUUUGAAUAUCUUCGACAACAUGAUCCGUCUGUCUGUUGGUAUUGAGGAUGAACAAGAUCUGAUUGAUGAUCUUGCACAGGCACUUCAAGCUUCCGCUGUGUAAGUGACAGAGUCCUCGGAAUGUAUAGCAACGUCACUUUCUGCCCUGGCUGACUGACUGUUCGAAGUUGUAGGUUUUCGCCAGAACUUCAUUGGAUAUGGGAUAUAUAUUUUGUAGUCGUACAUCACUUGUAGUGUCCUUGACAAUAAUAACAAACAGCUGAUUUUCAACUUGUAGUCAUACAUUGAUGUUCUGUUUAAAAGUUCUAUCGUAUAUUGUGAAAUUUGUUUUGUGGUACUUUGUCAACAUAAACAAUGUUAACAAAAAAUUGGAAAUUGUUAAGCUUCAGACAUCAAUGGCUUGGAAUAUACAUAUAAGCACUUUAACAAAAGUAAGUUCCCCUUAAGUCAUUGGUUGUAUUUUCUGAAGUCUCCUCAGCAAUGCAAUGAAAAUUAUGUAAUAUUAUCGCUAUGUUCUUGUGGCUCUUUUUCAUUUAAAUGAGGUUCAUAUAUAACAGUUUGUGCACCCCUGUCGAGUUUUUUUAAUCAGCCAAAGACCACAGGUGAUAGCCUAAAAUUGCUGUCUCUACUUUAGAAAAUAUGACGAAGCAUCUACAUGUAGGGGAGACUUGCAUUUGUUUAGAAGUUUAUAUUGGUCAGUUAUGGUCAAUUGUUCAACAUUUUGUUUCAAUCAUGUAAAUUUACUUUCUCCUCGAAUAUUGCCUUUGAGGAAUUCCUUUCUGGUGAUUAUGUUCUUCCUGAUCAGUAUCAUUUGGCAGCUUGGCUGACAGCUUAUAAAUUGCACAAUCGUGUCUCACUUAACAACAUAACAAUGCAAUGAAGUCUGUUUAUUCAGUUAACUUCUUUUAUAUAUACUGUAGCAUAUUACUUUUAGACUUCAGUUACUCUUCCCUGUUCAGUGGUUAUUGCUUACACUAACUCUACGUAUUGCAUGCAGGUAUAUUGAACCGAUUUAUUCAACAUUCCUUCGAAAACUAAUUUUUCAUUAAUAUUGAUGAUAUGUGCUAAAUAGGGUGUAUUUGUGUUUACCACGAAAGUGUAGCUAAAAGAAUUGUCAUAUUGACAACCUUUUGUUUUAAAGGUACCGGUGCAUUCAAAAAGUUUUUUGAAACAAUUAAUGAAUUUCAAUGCUAAUGUUCUUUUUCCCUGCAAUCUCAAUCAUAGAUGGGCUGUUUUCCUGGUGAAAACUGCUGUCGUCUGUCAUAAAUUGUCAUGGUCUCCGUAAAGCUGGUCCUCAGUGCAGGUUCCAGAUACCCAGAGCUCCUUCCUCAGGGCUGCGAUUUGUGGUUAUUUGGCAUGUUUUGCAAUGCUGAUUAUAAUCAAAACACCUGUAAAAAUUAUUUGUCAGGUAGUUCUUGCGAUUGACAACAAGGCUUUAUUAAAGUUGCAUUUGCUAGAUCUUGCUGGUGGUGGUUUUCUCAUGCAUUCACCAUAAGUAUGCUAGACAGUAGGUUGUUCCAACUUUCCACCACUCCUGGUACCUGACUGUACAUCAAUGAUCAGUUUUGUCAUAUAUUUGCCUUCUCCUAAGCUUCUUGCGUGCCUUAUUUAUGAUGCCUUCAUUUACAACAGCUUCCCACUUUAAAUGCAGGUUGUGCUAAUGAAUUAUAUGAUUAAUGGGAGUUUGGUGGCAUACAUGUACUAGUUAAGUGUCAACACUGAGGGAAAUUGUACACUUGUUAUGAAUAUGCUAUAGGAAAGAGAAGUCCUCGGACCAGCUUCUUGGUUAUUUUUAAGGUUCUCCGUUCCACUCUGCCAGAAAAAUGUACCCCUCCAUAAGGUUAUAUCUUGGGUGAAUUAGUAUGUGCACCUGCUGCCCCAACAACUAAAUCACACAGCCAAUUGACUGAUCUUUACUGUGACAUUGGCCACAACAGUCCCAGUAUGUUGUGGAAAACUGACCUUCGCAUUUGGUCUUUGUUAUACAAUUUGGGUCAUUUUUAUCUCGAGCACUCCUUGAGAUAUUUUCAAUAUUUUGACUUAGAUCUCAAGAGUCUAUUGUUGAGCAAUUAUAUAUCAAUUGUUGAUAGAUAAGGGCUAAAAAUACCAUGAGUGUCAGUACAAAGUAAGGGCAGGUUACAAAUUUCUGAUAUUGAAUAUUUCAUUUGAUUGUUUUGGACUUGGCAAAACAUGUUAUGAGAAUAUCAUUAAAAACCAGGCAAUUGCCACUCAUCUAAACACAGAAAAGUAAUGGAAGCUACUUAAUAGGUUGAACCAGCUUGUGUAACUGUAGGUUGGACUUGCAAUUUGCAUAAUAUAAAAAGCUAUAACAGCAAGUCCCAUUAUUUUAGUGGCCCUGCAGUGAAUGUGUGAUAGAUUUAGUAAUCGAGUGUUUUUCCUCUGAUUUCUGAGAAGUCAUCUCCAUAUGUGAAACCAUCUAUGUACAGUACAUUUGUAUAUUUGAACAUAUUGAUGUGCAAUUUGGUCAUGUUAUUGAUUUUGACAAUCUAUAAUAUCACAUCUCCCAGCAAUGUAUCCUGAUUGGCAGAUGUCGGCCAGGGCCUUGAUAUCUGUUUCUACUGGUUAGAAAAUGGUCAAGGACAUGAUGAGCUGUUGCGGAAGUUGUUGACAUUUACCCAAGUGACAUACAUGUAUACACCAAACUGAUCUGAUUGUAUAACCGAAAAUGAUCCUAAUUGUAAUGAGCUUUAUGUAAUAGGUCCCAUCAUUGCAGCCUCUAUUUUGUGCUCGUAUGAAGAGUUCUUCUGUAUGACUAUUGAGUUUCACCGUCUUGAGACAAUUCACAAAAAAUGUGCUUACGUACUUUAUCUAAUCUGUAAAAGGUGGACUGAAAAAGAUUGACGCUUUGACUGUAAGGGAACUUUCUUGAAACUAGUGUUGCUGAUAAUAGUUAGCUUCAGGUAACUGAUAACUUUUUCGGUAUUAACUAAAGCAUUCCAGCGUAUUGUACACUAUGGGGGAGGUGUUUGUAUUGUGCGAUAUGGCUUGAUAUGAAUAAAAAUGGCUUAUGUCUUACUAAA